AGACUUGUUAGAGAAAUGUUAAUACACAUCAGUUAACAUCUGGUCUAGACAGAUAAAAAAGUCAAACAUUUUCUGUCCUUUCUUAGGAACAAAUGUUUUACUUUGCUAUUAUUUUCUGUUUUGAUUGCAGCAACAUUAAAGCAGCUUAAUAGAAUGACUUCCUGUUAUGUUGUUCAUGAGGCUCCUGUACGAAGAGUUGCUAUCUUUGGAGGGACUCAUGGCAAUGAGUUAUCAGGGGUAUUUUUGGUCAAGCAUUGGCAAGAGAAUGGAGCUGAGAUUCAAAGAACAGGGCUGGAAGUGAGACCAUUUAUUACCAACCCAAGCGCUGUGAAGAAAUGUACUAGAUAUAUUGACUGUGACCUGAACCGAGUUUUUGACCCUGAUAAUCUUGGCAGGCAAAUCACAGAAGAUAUUCCAUAUGAAGUGAGAAGGGCUCAGGAAAUCAACCAUAUAUUUGGUCCAAAAGAUAGUAAUGAUGCCUAUGACCUUAUUUUUGACCUUCACAACACAACUUCUAACAUGGGUGGCACUCUCAUUCUUGAAAACUCCAGGAAUAACUUUACAAUCCAGAUGUUUCAUUAUAUUAAGAAUGCUUUGGCCCCAGAAUGCUGUCCUGUUUUCCUGACUGAACAUCCUAACUUGAAAUAUGCUACAAUUCGAUCUAUAGCAAAACACCCUGUUGGUGUGGAAGUUGGGCCUCAGCCCCAAGGAGUUCUUAGAGCUGACAUUUUGGACAAAAUGAGAAAGAUUAUCAAACAUGGCCUCGAUUUUGUGCACAUUUUUAAUGAAGGAAAGGAAUUUCCACCAUGUACAAUUGAAAUUUACAAAAUAAUGGAAAAAGUAGAUUAUCCCAGGAAUAAAAAUGGUGAAAUUACUGCUGUUAUUCACCCUAGCCUGCAGGAUCAAGACUGGCAGCCACUGAACAAUGGGGAGCCUAUAUUUUUAACUCUUGAUGGAGAGACCAUUAAUUAUGAAGGGGAUUCUACAGUAUACCCAACAUUUGUGAAUGAGGCUGCAUACUAUGAAAAGAAACAAGCUUUUGUAAAAACAGUCAAAGUAAAACUUACUGCAAAAGGUAUCAGAUCCUCUUUGUCUUAAAACUAGGACAUUUGUGAAAGAUUAUAAAACUUUUUUAGACAUACGGCCAAAUUCAUUGCUGAUUUCUACUCCAUGUAAUCCAGGUGAAGUCAGUGGGGAUUUAUGGACCAUAAAUCAAUGCAGAAAUAAACCCUUAAUUUAAAAUUGUGUAUUAAUUAAUUUUGCUAAGCACUUUGAAGAUGAAAAGCACUUUUUAAAUGCAAAGUAUUAUUUUUAGUCAUGUUUAUUGCAGAUACUAAAAAUAAAUAUUACUAGUUUAUAUAGCUAAUUAUUUAAUGCAUUCUGCAAAAUUGUGUCUACAUAAUAUACCAAAUUAUUGAUGAAUGUGUUAUAAACUUUUAUCUAAAGAUUUUCCUACAUUCAAAUUUUAAAUCUUUCCCAAAUGUUAUUCAGAAUUGUGCAACCUGAAGUCUACAUUACUGAAAAAAUGCACACUGUGUUAGGAAAUGUUUUCAAUUUGAGUAAGAAAGUUACUCUGAAUAAAAUAAAAUGGAAACCAGGUACACUUAAAGUAUUAUCUAGUUAAUGUUAAAGACAAAUAAAUCAAAAAUUCAUUUUGUUGA